AUGGAAGCCCGGCACCGUCGGCGCGUGUUGGUGUCGUACAAUCACCUCAGUUCCACAAUCGGCCACGUCGAUAAGAGAGAGACCAUCGCCGACUUGUUUACGAACACCCGAGGGAUAGUUGGCUUACGUCAAAUCUACGCAUCGAACGAUGAAAUCGACGUCGGCGACAUAUUCGAGAAGGAGAUUUGUGAGGAACGGGCGACCGAUGAGGCGGUGAUCGCAUUGAAUGUGAUGUCGAGUCAUCGGAUGCAUAACAAGCCUCGAAAGGGACGAACGCAUUCCUCAGCGGAUUCCUCGCGAAAUGCUCUCGAAAAGGAACAAAAUGGACGGAGAGGAAGACUACCGUAUACUUUUUCCAAUUUCCUUCAAGAACUUCUCGUCGCAAUCAACUCACCCGAAUGGGCAGCUUCUGAGAUGAUUCUCACGGCAUUGGGAUCCUUGUUGAUCAAGAAUUUUAGAUCAAAAUCGAUGGAUAUGACGAUCCGACAGGCGAAAUUGCGAAAAGAUAUGAAAGAUGAGAUAGCCGGGUGUCGUCUGAAUUCUGUUGUGAAGAAGGCGUUCUAUUUGAUGGAUGACAAGGGAUCACUAUGA